CGCCAACCCAAAAGGAGCAACCACCGGCACACUCUCCCCUUCGUUGCAUCUUCCCCGUGCAUUCCCCUUCCUCCUGAGAUAUGCCUCUUUAAAUAUAUAAUACUCUGACUGCGUCCCCUCCUCUUCCGUUGGACAUCCUUCCCACUAUCUCAACACUCAGACCCAAAACCCAGACGUGUUUUCUUACCAUGUAUUAAGGGGAUCAGAUCCAGCGAGUUAAGGAGAAGCCAACGAAACAGCGAUGUGGCUGGGGCGGUGUGUCGGUGAGCGCCGCGUCUGGCAUCUCCGGCGGGCGCUCCGCAGCGCCAAGCUCACCCUCCUCUGCCUCGCCCUCACUGUCCUCGUCCUCCGCGGCACCGUCGGCGCCGGCCGGUUCGGCACUCCCGAGCAGGACUUAAACCAGAUCCGCCUCCGCCUACGCCGCCCCCUCGUCGAGACCACCAUCUCCUCCUCCAAUUCUCUGGAUGACAGCGAGGAGGACCCCCCUCGCGACCCCUCGCAACCCUACUCGUUGGGCCCCAAGAUCUCCGACUGGGACGAGCAGCGCGCCGACUGGCUCCGCCGGCAUCCCGAGCGGCCCAGUUUCCUCGGGCCAAACAAGCCCCGGGUGCUCCUGGUGACGGGCUCCUCCCCCAAGCCCUGUGAGAACCCCGUGGGCGACCACUAUCUCCUCAAGUCCAUCAAGAACAAGAUCGACUACUGCCGCGUCCACGGCAUUGAGAUCUUCUACAACAUGGCCCUGCUCGACGCCGAGAUGGCUGGAUUCUGGGCCAAGCUGCCUCUGAUCCGAUCCCUUCUGCUCGCUCACCCGGAGGUGGAGUUCUUGUGGUGGAUGGACAGCGACGCCAUGUUCACCGACAUGGCCUUCGAGCUACCCUGGGAGCGCUACGCCCCCUACAACCUGGUCAUGCACGGAUGGAACGAGAUGGUGUACGACGACCACAACUGGAUCGGCCUCAACACCGGCAGCUUCCUCCUCCGCAACUGCCAGUGGUCGCUCGACCUCCUCGACGCCUGGGCGCCGAUGGGCCCCAAGGGCAAGACCCGCACCGAGGCAGGCAAGGUACUCACCGCCUUCCUCAAGGACCGCCCGGUCUUCGAGGCUGACGACCAAUCCGCCAUGGUCUACCUCCUCGCGACCCGGCGCGACCAGUGGGGCGACAAGGUUUACCUCGAGAGCGCCUACUACCUCCACGGCUACUGGGGAAUCCUCGUCGAUCGCUACGAGGAGAUGAUCGAGAACCACCACCCGGGGCUCGGGGAUCACCGAUGGCCCCUCGUCACCCACUUCGUUGGCUGCAAGCCCUGCGGGAAGUUUGGGGACUACCCGGUGGAACGGUGCCUAAAGCAGAUGGACCGCGCCUUUAACUUUGGGGACAAUCAGAUCUUGCAGAUAUACGGGUUCACCCACAAAUCACUAGCUAGCCGGAGGGUGAAGAGGAUAAGGAACGAGACCAGCAACCCUCUCGAUGUGAAGGACGAGCUCGGGUUGCUCCAUCCAGUGUUCAAGGCCACCAAGGUCAUCGAUGCUGCACAUUGACUGCAUCUCUUCCUGUCUUUCUAUAUCUAGAUACAUUUGGGUGGAUUCUCUUAAUCAAGGUUUCAAGCAGCCCUGUUUAAGAACCUGUUGGACUAGUCUGCUACUGAGACACUGAGAAACAACUUUGUACUGUGUCCUGUCCUAAUUUGUGCUCUCUCUCUCUCUCUCUCUCUCUCUCUCUCUUCUGCAUCAUGUUGUAUCUGUAUUUAGCUUCUUCUGCAUCAUAGUUAUAGCCAUGUGUGACUACUACAUUUUGCCACCAAAAGAGCUUUACAAUUUCCAUCUGCUAAUUCUCCCUAAUGGUGCUCAGAUGUUAUUUUUUGGCCCCAGUAUUAUCAUCCCCUUUUUUUUGGCAUGCCCAGCAAAGGUAAUAAUCAACUGUGUUCAAAAUCGCCGAAGUUAGGUUGAAGAAUAUUGUUUCUCAUUGACUGUGUCAAUUUUACAUCCUUCAUGGAAAGGAAUCCAGAUUGCAACAACAAAUGUCAUCUUCAGUUUGAAAAGUCUCCUGCAGGCCAACAUUAUAUAAAAGCAUGAUGCCACUGGGAGAAGUUUUGUUGUCCUCAGGCAAAAUCCCUUUCAGAACUGAGUUGCUGACAGAUUUGGAGGUUUGACUACCAUCAUAGAUAGCUCCAGAUCAAAGUAACGCACAAGCAGCUAAUUUUCUAGUGUGAUCCUCUACACCUACACCUGAACUGCAACAAGGACUUUUCAUAUCAUGCUUAUGUUAAAUAGGUGACACUAAGCAGCCAGUCCAUCAUGAAGAAAUACCAGUACAUCAUAAAAAUGCAAAGAAUAAACAUGGCAGGAGCUUCGAGGGACAGAGUAUGCAGACAAAGCUGCAUCAGAACCUAAAGCAGAAGCUCCUACUCCUUGGAUAGUUGUGUUUCCUGAUCUCAUAAAUGGGGGACUCACAGCCUGCACCUCUGCCACACUGGUCUCGAGCUUGCCAAUGGCUGCUGCUCAUUGGCUUCUCCAGGGUGGCUUCUCUGGAGUGAGGAUAGCCCGGGGAUGACAGCAGUUGUUCAUAUGGACUGAAGACUGGGGACUCUUUCCAGUAUGAUUGGUUGGCUCUCAUGCAACUCUCUAUCACUUCACAUUCCUCUCUAAAUCUCUUCUGCAUCUGUCUCAAGUUGUUCAUCACUUUAUAUGAACUUGCUUGUCCUGUGGACUGCCAGCAUCUCUGCCUGUGAACAUGCUCCUUGCUCCGAGAUCUCCUGUAGCAUUCCUUGCACAAGUUGCUCCACCUCUGGGAAUUGAAGGCAUUCCUUUUGGCUUUGUCAGAAAGACAUUCAUAUGCCUGCAGCAAAUAGUUUGUGCGCUCCGUUGAGACUCGAGAAAGGGCAAUGCAAGUGCUUUAUGUUAUGUGCAUCUGCAAAUGCAAAUAGUUUUGUGUGCUCCAUUGAGACUCGAGAAAGGACAAUGCCCAAACUUUUUGACUCUGUUUGUCCUUAACCAAGUUUUGUGCCAUAGCUGACUUGAUUUGAUUAUGACACUAAGAGUGAAUAACCUAAAUGGCAGGAUGAUGCAUGUUUAAAGUGCAAAAGAGGCACGCAGGAUGAUAUGAUUGAGGUUGGCAUCAUGGACUUCAUUGACUAGGAGGCAAGGAGACAAAAAGAACAAUCUCAGUUUUUGAUGCUUUUAAUGAAAAGAAGUGUGUGUGCAAAAAUGCUUGAAUUGAAUGAACUAUAACACAAAAGUGACAGUUUCAUAUGAUUCCUUCCAAGUCGGAGCCUUCUUCUGCAGCUGCUGUUGCAGUUGCAGAGAGGUGGGAAGGGGAGGGGUUAUAUUUCUGACAUGAACACUGGAAAAACAUGUAUAAUUUCUUGAUAUUUGCCAAGAAAAAUGUUGUGGGAAGGAAAUAAAUGGCCGGAAUGUAAUGUUUAACCA